CGCGGAGCCUGACACAGAAGGAAAAGGUUCUCGGAUUCAGCCGUGUAGGAGUUCCACACUUGGGACGAACUGUCAGCCUUUGAUCCCCACUGUGCGAGCGGCGUUUCAAUGCUGAGGAUGGAGUCUCUGAACAGCACACACCCCAGCACUGCAGCCUCCAGCAGUCCCCUCGAGUCCCGUGUGCCUAGUAACAGCAGUGGCAAUGGCAAUGAAUACUUCUAUAUCCUGGUCGUUAUGUCCUUCUAUGGCAUUUUCUUGAUCGGAAUCAUGCUGGGCUACAUGAAAUCCAAGAGGCGGGAGAAGAAGUCCAGCCUCUUGCUGCUGUACAAAGACGAGGAAAGGCUGUGGGGGGAGGCUAUGAAGCCGCUGCCCAUGAUGUCUGGCCUGAGGUCGACACAGGUGCCCGUGAUGCUGAAUAUGCUGCAAGAGAGCGUGGCGCCUGCGCUGUCCUGCACCCUCUGCUCAAUGGAAGGGGACAGUGUGAGCUCCGAGUCCUCCUCUCCAGAUGUGCACCUCACUAUCCAGGAGGAAGGGGCUGAUGAUGAGUUGGAGGAGACCUCUGAGACACCUCUCAAUGAAAGCAGUGAAGGGUCUUCAGAAAACAUCCAUCAGAAUUCCUAGCACCCCCCAGGACCCUGGAGGUGGCUCCGUGAGCCACACUUGACAGAGGAGAGAUAUUUACCAAGUGCCUGGUUUCACUUUUGCUCUGCAGCUGCCACUUUGAGCAGACUGUGGGCAAGCCCCCAAAAAGGGGGAGGGAGAGACAAGGCUCAUCUGGAGUCCUCAAGGUUCCUGUGGUUCGGACCCACCACUGAAAAAGUCCCAGAGACACACAGCAUGACCAUUUACUCUGGGGUCUGGGUGUUGGGGGUCCCUGUUCAGCAUCUGGCUGGAUAACGUGUUGUUAUUUUCACUGGAUGCCCUGGGUAACUUCUGCAGCUUCUGUCUGUGCCCAGGGCUGACAACUGCCCAGGGCAGGCUGAAGGACUACUUUUGAUUUGUUAAUUUGCCUAGAGCUUUGUUCUUCUAGAUCUAAUCGGCUGUAAGUAUCUUUAUUGUGUGCCUGUGGCACUUGGUCACAGAGAGUUACACAUUUCUUUGGGAGGUCUUUUAGAUUAUGAAGGGGAAUACUUGACGGGCAAUUUGCGAUAUGGAAAAAGCUGGAGGUAGAACCCAGCUUGUUUGCACAAUGCAAGGAGAGAAAGCAAUGUGUACAUAUGUCCGCGUUAGCGGAGGGUAUAAGCUAUGACCUAUUUUGAGCUUUUGUCUCACCUGUGAGCUUGAACUCUGACUUGUGACUGUACAGCAUUGCAGGUGAGCAUGGCUUUCUUUGUCAGCGAGCUUCCUCAGAAUCAAGCCCCCAUUCAGGAUAGCUGUUCAGGGUGGCACUCCUGACCUUCACAGAUUGGGUAAUGGUAGGGUUAUAUGAGGCAAAGGCAUUGAUAGCUCUGCUAUGGCUCUUUUUCCCAGCCUAGUUUUCCGAAGCCAGAGAGGACAUGUGUGGGCCUCGCAAUGUGGGAUUUUGUCACGAAGCUGAGACCUAGAAGUACAUAUUCAGGAGAGGUUGCACAGAGCUGAGGUCCAAACACUGUGUUUCCUGAACUGAGCUCUGACGCUCAUUUACUGUGUGGUCCUGGGCUUGUCAUCAUAAGGUUCAUUGCCUUCAUGAGGCUCCCGAGGCUGUGCAGCCCCAGGGGGCUGGGAGGACUUCUUUAGACUUUGUACUGUGUGAUAAAUCCUCCAAGGCCUGGGGUGAGGAAGUUUGGACCAAGUAUUUUCCCUUUGGCCGCUUAGUCUAGAGAAGGAUGUGUUGACUUAAAGGCGCAGUUGGAGACUAGAUGGUGUAAUUGGGAAUUUGGGGCUCAUCAGCCGCCAUCCCUACUGUAGCUUUCCCAGGACGGGACCGAAGAAGCAGA